AGACAAGCGCAAGUCAUUGCCCAACAGAAUUCCACUUCUGCUGAAAACCGCAGCCAAGUGAAACGUGUCCUCAAAGAAAAGCGGUUUCUAAAUACGAUUGUAUUUAUUGGUGCCAUUGCAACGAUUACUAUGAUUCCGCUCUUUAUUUACAAGCAUGUUCAGCUUGGUUUAGGCAACAAUUUUAUCAACAACAAGGUCGCUCAAAGAGGAGUCGAUUUCUUAUUUUAUACAACGUAUCACUUGAAUUUCGCAGUCAAUCCUUAUCUGUAUUUUUAUCGUUUGCCCGUGUAUCGAAAGACUUUUCGUCAACUUUACUGCAAAUGUACUUGGUGA